AUGCACAUCCUCUCCCCCUUCGAGUCUUUCAUGCCAUCUAUCGCCGUCCAUCCUCAGCUGGCCUGGCCUGGCCUGACUCUCUCCAGCGGACUUGACGUCCAGUUUCACCUUCGGCUUGACCAAAAGAAAGCCUCAAGGGCCAAAAUGUAUAUCACGUGA